UUCCCACAUGGCCCCCGUUUCUGUCAGCUGGACUAGGUAGUGGACAACACCAUAAAGUGUCAACAGUAGACUGACGUUCAUUGUGUCAGUCAUGCAAACGGCUUUAUCCCAGUUGUAUAAAUCAUCCCCCUGGUGUAAGAAACUAUUUUCUUGUUAUGACUUGUUUAGAUAGAAGGACAGUCUUUCAGUACUGGACCGACAUAGUGACCACAGUUGGAGGGAGCCAGAAGCAGAAAAGAGAGGGAGUGAGAGAUCAGGCCAUGAUAGUGGGGUUGUGUAUAUACAAGCAGCAAUUGAAACAGGAGAUGCAGGCUGGAUAAGGAAAUUAAAGGAAAGGGCGCAACUCAAAUCAAACAAAAACGAUGCACCAACGGACCAAUGGCCAUCCUCCAUCUUGCCCUCAUCGUUGCUCCCUGGAGUUCAUAGCAAAAAAGUGCCAAAUGGAGAUCGAGGGGAAACGGCACGAACACACAACAUUUCUCUCACCGAGGUGGACGUGGGACAGCUACGACCGAAAUGCAUCGCAUUCUUUGUUGGGAUUUCUUUCAGUGCAACGAUAAAUCAAGACUUUGCUGAGAGCCGAUCCAGUAUUAGAGCUUUUACUCUUUUUUUGUGCGAUCAGAUCUUAGACACUGGUGCAAAUUUAUCUUUAAUGCUUAUGCUGAACAUUGUAAAGUCCGGAUGAAGGAGCAAGACCAAUUCAAGGAAAAGCUUCUGAGCUUGGAGAUUGACCAAACAAGGGCUUUGCUCAUCAAACCUACUGCAUGUCUUUGCUUCAACACCUUGGAUUUUACCGACCUCUGGGACGAGGAAGACCUAGCAGAGGACCAAACAGGAGAUGAGGCCAAUAUUCCAAUCACAAAAACAUUUGGCCAUGCCACAGUGCCUCCGCCUCCCCCUCUGCCUCCUCCAGCACCACCAUUGGUCCCGUAUUCACUACAGGGUACAAACAAUAAAAGCUGCACCUUGAAGCUCCACUGGAAAGACCUGCCGACGUUAUCUCCCCUACCAAGAAAGACUCGAUUUGGAACGCAAACUAUUUGGGCUGGACUGCAGCCAGUCAAUUUGGAUACCAACUACCUGGUGAGCCUGUUCGAAUCCAAGGGAAAGAACAACUGUUUAAAUAUACUUUGUGGAAAGAAGAAACACAAAGCGCUGACGGUUUUGGGUAUGAAGCGGAGCAACAUCAUAACCAUUGCCUUGAGUAGCCUGCCACCAGCCCAUCUUCUCCCCAUCGCAAUACACAGCAUGGACGGCAAUGUGCUGGACAGAGAGGACAUCCAGCGUCUUCAAGAAAUAAUUCCAUCGGAAGAAGAACUUACCCAGAUCAAAGAGGCCAAAGCAAAGAACCCCUCUCUCCUUUUGGCACCUGCCGAGCUCUGCCUUCUUACUCUAGGAGAAAUCUCACAUUUGAGUUCCAGGCUUCAACUCUGGGCAUUUACUCUGGACUAUGACUCUUUAGAGAGGGAGAUCGCUGAACCCCUCUUCUACCUGAAGUUGGCCAUAGAACAACUGUCUUCCAGCCAGACCUUCAGAUAUAUCUUGUCGACGGUGUUGGCGAUUGGGAACUUUCUCAAUGGUUGUAAUGCCCGAGGAUUUGAGCUGAGUUAUCUGGGGAGCUUGUCACAGGUUAGGGACACACAAACUCGCCAGCCACUUCUGCGGCACGUCUGUGUGCUUCUGAUGAAGCUCUAUCCACAGUCCUCUGACCUCUUCUCUGACUUGACAGCUGUUACUAAAGCAGGAAAAUGUGACUACUCUCUCGUCCAAUCGAACCUCUCCCACCUUGAUGCUUCAUGCAAAGCAUCAUGGGACAAGCUCAAGAUUUUGGAUAAGGAAGACGACAAGUCAAAAAGAAGGAAAGGGGAGAAGAAGAGAGGCUCUGGAAGGGAAGGGGACGCCUCAACCCCUGAAGGUGUCAUUCGCCACAGGCUGCCGAAGAUCUUAAAAGAUUGUGAAGAGAGGUUGAAGGUCUUGAGAGCUGUUUAUCGCCGGGUUAUAAACAGAUACCACUCCUUCCUCCUGUUCCUCGGCUACUCACCAGCUCUUGUGAGAGUCACCAAAGCUGAGGACUUCUGUCGAACCAUAAGCAACUUUUCUCUGGAGUUCAGGACCAUGCGUGAGGCCAUCGUUCUGCAGAGAGAGCGGAAAGGGCUCAGCAGCGGACCUGGCCGAGCAGGAUUCAACAGUCCAGCAGCACAGAGGAGGCAUCAGCAACCUCAGGAGGACGAUGAGCACUGCAGACUGGUGGAGCUGUUGAACACGCCAGAGCCCCACAGUCAAUUGGAUUCAACUUGUCCUCGAAGUCGAAGGAAGACAAAAGUCACUCAAGGUUCCCUCUUCAGAAAAUAAGGGUACGGAAGUGCAUCAAUACAUCAUGACUGUAUUGUUGAAAAUAACACGGAACAUUAAUGAAGAACCACAAUAAAGGUGUCUGAUGCUAAA